CAGGGAGUCAUAACUGUAGUCAGCUAUAGAUAUAAGAACAACACACCCCUGCAUCACUUGCAAGUGGUUAUACCUCAAACCUGACUGCACACAUCGACAUCGAAGCUGACAGGAUGAAGCUGCUGUUGGUUGCUGCUGCUGCUCUGGCUGUGGCCAGCUGUGCCAGCCUUUCUCUGGAAGACCUGGAGUUCCACGCCUGGAAACUCAAGUUUGAAAGGUUCUACAGUUCACCAUCAGAGGAAGCUCACCGGAGGCAAAUCUGGCUCAGGAACCGCAGACUGGUGCUGGUGCACAACAUCAUGGCAGAUCAAGGCAUCAAGUCCUAUCGCCUUGGCAUGACCUACUUUGCUGACAUGGAAAACGAGGAGUACAAACGCCUGAUUUCUCAGGGAUGCCUGAGAUCCUUCAAUGCUUCUCUGCCUCGCCGUGGCUCUGCGUUCCUCCGGCUGCCUGAAAGCACCAAUCUGCCAAACACUGUUGACUGGAGGGACAAGGGAUACGUCACUGAAGUCAAGGAUCAGAAGCAGUGUGGCUCUUGCUGGGCCUUCAGUGCCACUGGCGCUCUCGAGGGUCAGAACUUCAGGAAGACAGGGAAGCUGGUGUCCCUGAGCGAGCAGCAGCUGGUUGACUGCUCGGGUGACUAUGGCAACAUGGGCUGCAUGGGAGGCUUGAUGAACUAUGCCUUCCAAUACAUCAAAGACAACGGAGGGAUUGACACAGAAGAGUCCUACACUUAUGAGGCUCAGGAUGGAAAGUGCCGGUACAACCCAGCUGCAGUUGGUGCUACAUGUACAGGCUAUGUUGAUGUGAAAGAGGGUGAUGAAGAUGCCCUGAAGGAGGCUGUGGCCACCAUCGGACCUGUGUCUGUUGGCAUCGAUGCUUCUUCAAUGUCCUUCCAGCUUUAUCAAUCAGGAGUGUAUGAUGAGAUGGAGUGUAGCAGCACAGAUCUGGACCAUGGUGUACUGGCUGUGGGUUAUGGCACUGAAGAAGGAAAGGACUACUGGCUGGUCAAGAACAGCUGGGGUCUAGCGUGGGGAGACAAGGGAUACAUCAUGAUGAGCAGGAACAAACACAACCAGUGUGGCAUUGCUACUGCAUCCAGCUACCCCUUGGUCUAAGCAGGUCCAGGCCUUCCCUCAGUGACGAGGAGAAUGAUGGCACAUAAUUCACUUUAAUUUUAGAACAAAACUGAGUUAUGGAACAAAAUGUCUUAUUUUUGUUCCUUUUAAGUUAAUGGGACAGAGUCUCUUUGUGCCCAGAGGCACUUUAAUAGACUAACUUUCUUUUAUGAAUACUGUAAAUAAAUGUAAAGAAAUAAAAUG